CAAAAUUGAACUUUGCCAGUAGUUUUUUUUUUUUUAAACCGUUCAAGAUGAAAAGCGUGCUCAUAUUGUUUGUCGUCACGUUGGCUUUGUCCAACGUUUUCGGACAAAAGGACCCUCAUUUCGCCGAUGGAAGGAAUACUAUAGUACAUCUUUUUGAAUGGCAUUGGGAUGAUAUCGCAAACGAAUGUGAGAAUUUUUUGGGACCAAAAGGAUAUGCUGGAGUUCAAGUAUCACCUCCCAAUGAAAAUGCAGUUAUAGGAAACAGACCAUGGUGGGAAAGGUACCAACCUGUAAGUUACGCACUUACCACUAGAUCUGGGGACGAAAAUUCAUUUGCUAAUAUGGUACAAAGAUGUAAUAACGCAGGAGUAAGAAUCUAUGUGGAUGCUGUAUUUAAUCAAAUGUCAGCUACUUCAGGAGGUGGUACUGCUGGAAACUCAGCAGAUGUUGAAAACUUGCAAUUUCCAGCUGUACCAUUUGGUCCUGGAGAUUUCCAUAGCAGGUGUGACGUUAACAACUAUCAAGAUCCCAACAAUAUCAGAAACUGCUGGCUUGACGGUCUUCCAGACUUAGAUCAAGGCUCGGAAUACGUACGUGGAAAAAUCAUUGAAUAUUUGAACCAUUUGGUAGAUCUGGGCGUAACAGGAUUUAGAAUAGAUGCAGCUAAGCAUAUGUGGCCGGCAGAUCUCCAAGCGAUUUACGGUUCCGUCAAGGAUGUUUCUGUUGGUGGAAGGACCAUUCUAUUAUCAAGAAGUCAUUGAUAUGGGUGGAGAAGGAGUAAAAGAAAGACAGAAUAUAACAGCUUUGGAACCGUUUUAGAAUUCAAAUUGGCACAGAAUUGGGUAAUGCUUUUCAGGGUAACAAUCCAAUUCAUUUUCUGAAAACUUGGGGCCCGGAGUGGGAUCUACUCGAAGGCUUUGACGCAGUAGCUUUCAUUGACAACCAUGACAAUCAACGACAUGGAUCUAGUGCGAUUCUUACCUACAAAAAUCCAAGACCGUACAAAAUGGCUAUUGCAUUUAUGUUAGCACAUCCUUAUGGAACUACUAGGAUUAUGUCCAGCUUUGCCUUUGAUGACGCAGAUACAGGUCCACCAGGAUAUGGACCUGGAUUUAACGACGAUGGUUCUUGCACUAACGGUUGGGUCUGCGAACACAGAUGGAGGCAAAUCUCCAAUAUGGUUGGGUUUAGGAAUGCUGUUGCAGGUACCCAAAUCUCCAACUGGUGGGAUAAUGGCGAUCAACAAAUCUCUUUUGGAAGGGGAGACAAAGGUUUCAUUGCAUUUACUCUAAAUGAGACAUCAACCAAAACUUGCAGACUUCUUUGCCUGCUGGUACUUAUUGCGAUAUCAUUUCUGGAAACUUAGAAAUGGAUCUUGUACUGGAAAAUCUGUUAAUGUUGACGGUAGCGGACAAGCUUCUAUUAAUUUGUCCAUUGGUGAUGAAGAUGGUAUGGUAGCUAUACAUGUCC